UGAUUUUGCAUUUCCAGGGAGCAGAAAUGUUUUGUUUACUAACAGUUCUCCUCCCUGUCAGCUCGGGUUCACUGCUUUGGAUGGCUGUGCACAGCACAGCCAUCCAAUGCAAUGUGCUUACAGUGAAGCACACUGAUAUGGCCCCCUAUGUAAAACACUACCAGCACACAGUUAACCCUUUGAUCGGCCCUCAUGUUAACCCCUUCCUGCCCAGUGCCAUUAGUACAGUAUCUGUGCUUAUUUUUAGCACUGAUCACUGUAUUGGUGUCACUGGGGAUGUCUGUGACACCAAGUCAGUUCCCCCCAGUGUCAGAAUGUCCGCUGCAAUCCUGCUAUAA